CACCGUUAUUGGUUUCAAGGACUUUUAUUUUGGCGUGGUGACAUGAUGUCAUAAGUCUGCGCCGUGCUCCUGCAUCUGUGAUUCUGCUGAAGAAAGAAAAACUGCUGCUGAAGCGACUGAGAGACACACUAUUAUAAAGAUGGAGUUUAUUAAAGAGGAGAGUGAAGACAUGAAGAUUGAAGAAACAUUCAGAGUCAAACAUGAAGAUACUGAGGAACAAACAGACCUGAUGGCGCUGAAAGAGGAGAGUCAAGAACUGAAUGAAAUGGAAGAGAAAAACUUCAUGCCUGGUGAAGAAUCAUUUAGUUACUCACAGACCCAUAAAACAGAAGCUAGAAAUCUUAAUACCCACAUGACAAUUCACACUGGAGAGGAGCCUUACACCUGCAAACUGUGUGGGAAGAGUUUCUCACUAAAAGGAAAUCUUAAGACUCACAUGAGAAUUCACACUGGAGAGAAGCCAUUCAAAUGCUAUCAGUGUGGAAAGAGUUUUACACAGAAAAAAACCCUUUCAGUCCACAUGAGAAUUCACACUGGAGAGAAACCUUACACCUGCAAACCAUGUGGGCAGAGUUUCACUCAAAAACAAGGCCUUAAAGGCCACUUGAAAAUCCACACUGGAGAGAAUCUGUUCACAUGCCCUCAGUGUGGAAAAAGUUUUACACAGAAAAAAAACCUUGAUACCCACAUGAGAAAUCACGCUGGAGAGAAGCCUUACACCUGCAAACUGUGUGGGAAGAGCUUCUCACUAAACGGACAACUUAAGACUCACAUGAAAAUUCACACAGGAGAGAAACCGUUCACAUGCUCUCAGUGUGGAAAGAGUUUUAAAGAGAAAAGAGGUCUUAAUGUCCACAUGAGAAUUCACACUGGAGAGAAGCCGUUCAUCUGCUCUCAGUGUGGAAAGAGUUUUAAACGGAAAAGAGAUCUUAAUGGCCACAUGACAAAUCACACUGGAGAGAAGCCUUACGAAUGCAAACUGUGUGUGAAGAGCUUCAUGCAAAAAGAAAAUUUUAAGACUCACAUGAGAAUUCACACUGGAGAGGAUCCGUUUGUUUGUGAUCAGUGUGGAAAGAGCUUCAGAUGUAGAGAAUACCUUAAUCAUCACAUGAGGAUUCACUCAGGAGAGAACUGUUUUAUAUGUCAUCAGUGCGAAAGGAGUUUCACAGACAGGAAUCAACUUGAGAAUCAUGUAAAAAUUCACAUCGGGGAGAAGCCUUACAUGUGCCAUCAAUGUGGAAUGAGUUUCACAAACAGAGCAAACCUGGAGGAUCACAUGAGAGUUCACUCUGGAGAGACGCCUUUCACCUGCAAACUGUGUGGAAAGAGCUUCACAAUUAAAGGAGACCUUAAUAUUCACAUAAAGGUUCACUCUGGAGAGCAGCCUUACAAGUGUCAUCAGUGUGAAAAGAGUUUCACAGACAGGAAUCAACUUGAGAAUCAUGUAAAAGUUCACAUCGGGGAGAAGCCUUUCUUGUGCCCUCACUGUGGAAAGGGCUUCAUAUACAGAGCAUACCUUGAGUAUCAUUUAAGAAUUCACACUGGAGAGAAGCCUUUCACCUGCCCUCAGUGUGGAAGGAGCUUCACGGUUAAAGGAAACCUUAAGCUGCACAUGAGAGUUCACACUGGAGAGAAACCUUACAAGUGUCUUCAGUGUGAAAAGAGUUUCACAAUUAAAGGAAACCUUAAGAUUCACAUGAGAGUUCACACUGGAGAGAAACCUUACAAGUGUGUUCAGUGUGACAUGAGUUUCACAUAUCACAUAAGCCUGAAACAGCAUUUGCAAAAUCAUUGUGAAAAGAAUUUCUCGUUUUCCUUCGUGUGACAAGAGGUUUUGAAAAAGGGGUAAUUUCAGCAACCAUCUGUACAUUCACUCUGGGGAAAGACAAUUUAAUUGUGAUCAAUGCAAUAAAAUCAACACACUUAUCCAUAUGCAAAGUCAUGUAAAUGUGAGAGCCUGUUUGUGUUCUUAGUAUGACAAUAGUAAAUGCAUAUGUAGGACGGCCGCCUCAGUGCUUGGCUCUCCAGUGUUUGUACUGUUUUUGUUAGUUUUUCCUGUUUUUUAGUUUCUCAAGCAAGAU